AUAUAGAGGCAUUGUGAGUGUCUCGGUGCAGUGUAGCAAUGGAGCUGGUAAGAAGUGUCCUGCUCAGCACCUGUAUGUUGACAGCCUGCUUCAGGACAGCACAAGCAGAGGGUCCUGUGGUGUCAGUGCGGAGCGGCAGUCUGCUGGGAGAUCAUGUCCGGGUGAAAGGCACAGACCAGGUUGUGGAGAGGUACCUAGGUGUUCCAUACGCCCGCCCCCCUGUGGGCAACCUACGGCUAGCUGCCCCCCAGCCCGCCCUGCCAUGGGAGGGCGUGCGAGACGCCAGGACCCAGCCCAAAAUGUGUAUUCAGAACCCUGAUUUUCUUACCCACACAUCGGAACUUCUGGCCAUUAAUUACACAAUACCAGAUCUCUCGGAGGACUGUCUGUAUCUCAACAUAUAUGCUCCAUCAAAGCCCUCAGGUGGAGAAAAAGCAGCGGUGAUGGUGUGGAUUCAUGGGGGUGGUCUGGUAAUGGGCGGGGCAGCCCAGUAUGAUGGAUCAUCUCUGGCAGCCUAUCAGGGUGUGGUCGUUGUCAUCAUUCAAUAUCGCUUGGGAAUUCUCGGAUUCUUAAGCACUGGAGAUGAACACGCCAAGGGGAACUGGGGCUUCCUGGACCAGAUCGCUGCCCUCCAGUGGGUGCAGGAGAACAUUGAGAGUUUUGGAGGGGAUCCCAAGUCAGUCACCAUCUUUGGUGAAUCGGCCGGGGGGAUCAGCGUCUCCAUGCUCGUUCUGUCUCCACUGACAGCUGGGCUGUUUCAUAAGAUGAUCCCUCAGAGUGGAGUGGCCACACUGAGCUCCUACUCCACCAGCAACCCCCUGCCACAGAUGAAGAUACUCGCAAACCUGACCGACUGUGAUCGAAGCACCACAGAGGAGCUAGUUCAGUGCAUGAGGCAGAGGACGGAGGAGGAUUUAAUCAAUGCCACAGUGAGGAUGAAGAUCUUUCCUGGAGCAGUUGUGGAUGGAGUGUUUCUGAAAAGGCCAGUCGAAGAUAUUUUUAAAAGCAAGGAUUUCCUCAAGGUCCCAGUGCUUCUAGGAAUGACUAACCAUGAGUUUGGCUGGAUUCUCCCUCGGAGUUUUGUUCCUGCUGGGUGGGAAAAAGGCAUGGACAAGCAGACAGUGAUGUCCGUGAUGGAGAUGUAUUUCCCUACUUUGGCACCAGGUACGAACGAACUGAUUGCGGAAGAAUACCUCCGCGAUGCACAGACCCCACAAGCUAUCCGAGACGCAUUCACAGAAAUGAUGGGGGAUCUGUUCAUGGCUCUUCCCAUCAUGCGUGCAGCUGGAUACCAUAGAGAUGCAGACGUGCCAGUCUACCUGUAUGAGUACCAGCACAGGCCACUGGUGCAUCAAAACAAGCCUGACUUUGUCAAGGCUGACCAUGCUGAUGAAGUAGGCUUUGUGUUCGGGGCAUGUUUCUGGGAUGGCCACAUUAAGGUUACAGGUCCCAUCAGCAAAGAGGAGGAUGAGCUGUGCAAAACAAUGAUGGCAUACUGGGCGAACUUCGCUCGGACUGGCUCACCCAAUGGAGCAGGGUUGGUGAAGUGGCCACUCUACGGGGAGACUGAGGAGUACCUAAAACUGAACCUGCAACAGACAGUGGGCCAAAAGCUGAAGCAGGACAGGGUGCACUUCAUGACCGUCACCCUUCCCGAGAAGCUUGCUGCUCACCAGACCCCCUGAUGCCUCCUGUAACACUAAGUGUGGAUUCUACUGCACAGCUUCUCAUUCCAAACACCUCCUACGAUAUUCAGCCUGUGUCCUGCAUCAUCACACAUACCCAAUGGAGCCUGAAAUAUUCCCAGAGAGUCAGAGGGAUCCAUCCCAUCCUCUUAUGUUACAUUUAUGUUGAAAUUUAGACAUUUAGCAGAUGCUCUUAUCCAGAGCGACUUACAAAGUCCAUAUAAGAAGAUUAGGUUAAGAGCAGAGAUGAUACUAAAUCAUAAGUGUCACAAUCCAAUAAUAGGAGUCAUUACAUAACAUGCCAAAUUCCAUUAAGUGCCAUAGUAGGUGCAAGAGGAAGGAAUUGUGUUUGAGAAUAUAGUAUGAAUGUUCAGCCCUCAGUGUUACCAAGAUGCAAGACUGUUUUGUGACAUGCUGACAUGUGACGUACUGACAAACCUGUUCCAGCAGUGUGACCAUGUUGUGGGGGUGAAUGUGGCAGCGAGAUGUUCCUGCAUGCAAUGAUGUGUUAUGAGAACUGUUUGGGACCUUUCUAUUCAGUGGCAAUCCUGUAUUUUUGUCUAGUCCCUCAGAUUUGAAAUGAAACUGAGAGACUAUAUUAAUUGUUCAAAUAAAACAAAGCUGUAAACCUGUUCCACUGUAU